CAACUCUGCUCUGUGAAAUCUUGCACUCCUAUCUCUCUAUAACCUUUCACUGUACCUGUGAAUCACCGACACUUUGACUCUUACUGAGACUUUUCCUACAGCACACCAUUAAACUUCGCGUGCUCCUUAUCUGCACUAUUGCCUUUGAGUUCCUGAGCCUCAUUUUUCCAAACUCUACUGCCGCAAUCUCAACUCGCUCGAGAUAUCAGACUCGUCAACUCCUGUCUUACUCUUUCACGUCUUCCAGCACCAAACCACAAGAAUGCCGCGACCCAAAACCGACCAGGAGAUCCAGAAGACCUGGACUCCGUUGCAGUGGAAAUUCAUGUACUGGUACGACGCUAAUACGGCGGCCAUCUGCGAAUGCUCAGCACCAGGUGCUGCUUGGAACGCCUUCGACAAGUUGGUGGCCAAGUUUUUCCCCGACAAAAAGGAUCAACAGGCUUUUGAUGUCUGGGCUGACGAGUGGUUGGACCGCCAUGCUCAGCGGCUGAUGUACAAGCCGGGCCCCAAGGAGUUUAUUGCUCAAGUCAUGGCGACCAACUUCACGGACAACCAAGCGACUAGCGAACUUUUGAAGACUAUCGCCUUCAAUGACAUGCCUUGGGUCCCUAUCGGUCGGUCCAAGUAUGGAGGUGUCUCAACCUAUUACGCGUUCAAGCCCAAGGCUGACUAUCUUCGACCCGAUCUCGUAGUGCCUGGUCCAGAUGUCGUUGGCGACUACAUUCUCGCCAUGAAGCUUGAGUCCAAGACUCGUUCUUCAUCUGGUCUCGCACCUGCUUCAACACUUAGCAACCUGUUCAACUCCAGCUCUGAGUCAACCUCUAUUGGUGAAACCGCCUAUCUACGCGAACGCGCUUCUACUGCUACCACUUUUUCCCCCAUCAAAUUUUCCCCCACCAAAGAGAAUCCCAAUAAAGCUUCUGAUAAGGAUGGCUAUCUUGUAUUCGCUCAGAUCGGGACUCUCUACGUCUAUGGGGGAAAAUACUUUGACGCAAAUCCAAAGAACAUGCCAAAGAUCAACGAAGGUCCCUGGUGGCUAAACGGAUUUGCCGUUGUUGUUCAACUCAGCAACAAAGGCCAGCCUGGAGCAGUCUACGUCGUGUACAAUGAUGCUCCUUCAAAGAAAGUGAAGUAUAAGGAGUAUGACGGCCCAGAUGAAGAGCUGCUUACGGACUUGGACGGAGCAGCUGCAAAUCAUGUCCCUGGAAAGCUUCACCCAAAGAUGAAGGUCCAAUUUACGGUUGCAAAGAUCGCAGAAUCGAUGAACAACCUCGGGAAUCUUAUGAAUGUGUUCAACUUUGAGAAGGUCGCCACGGAGAAACGCCCGAUCCAAUCCACAAGGAUUGUGACUAACAAGAACAAAGAGAAGUUCAUCCUUCACGCCAAUCCUCUACCAAAGCAGCCCCCGACCGCUGGGGGUCCUGCUUCGCCUACUCGGGGUCCUGUUCCGCCUUCACGGGGCCCCAAUACGCCUCCUCGGGGUCCUAACACCCUCCCUCGGGACUCUAAUUCACCUACACCUACUUGGCGUUAUUAGGUUAUUGGUGAAUCGAUUUGAGAAUGAUUAAUGGCGAUACAUUGUUGGAAUAUCUCGGAUUGGUGGAUGGAUGGACACAGGCAUUUCACUCUUUUGUCUUUCUUAGUACUUCGGCAGGGAUUAGCCCAUAAAAACCAAAACCAAAGCCUCAGCUAUCCAUUUUAUUUUUAUUAUUUUAAUAAGAACCA